AUGAGAAUUCUCUGUGUAGCAGAAAAGAACGACGCUGCAAAAAAUAUUGCAGCUCAAUUGAGCAAUGGCUCAGCGAGGAAUGAAGCAGGGCCGAGCAAAUACAACCGACUCUAUAAGUUUUACUCGAUGUUUGAGGGACACCAGGCUGAUUUUGUGAUGACUUCGGUAAGCGGGCACAUGCAAAACUACGAGUUUCCGAUCCAGUACAAGAGCUGGAGCUCGACCCCGCCAGACGCUCUCUUCGAUGCGCCACUCGUAAAGAAUGUCACAAAAGACAUGGUGAAAGUAAAGCAAAAUCUGGAGCAGCAGAGUCGAACACACUCGGUCCUCAUCAUCUGGACCGAUUGCGAUAGAGAAGGAGAGAACAUCGGUGCAGAGGUUCGAGACGUUUGUCUUCGAGCGAACAGAAAUCUCCGUGUCCUUCGAGCGAGGUUUUCUGAAAUCACUCAAACGGCCGUUCGACGAGCGAUGGCGAAUCUUGUCCCGCUCAAUGUGCUCAUUGCAGAAGCAGUCGAUGCUAGACAAGAGCUGGAUCUGAGGAUCGGCGCUUCUUUCACCCGACUACAAUCGUUAUUCCUACAGAACCGCUUUCCAACACUCGUAGAUAGAUUGGUCAGCUUCGGGAGUUGUCAAUUUCCAACAUUGGGCUUUGUCGUCGAAAGAUGGAGAGCAAUCGCGGAGUUUCAGCCAGAGAAGUUUUGGAAAAUCGAAGUGCAUCACAACAGAGGUGGAAUGAACACGAUUUUCACCUGGUCUUGUGUUCGGCUCUUCUCAGAGCGAGCUGCGGCGGCGAUUUUCGAAGAAAUCGAGGAAAGCGGAAGAGCCAAAGUCACGCAUUUAGAAUCAAAGCCGAAGUCCAAAUGGCGUCCCUUUCCACUAGAAACAGUCGAGCUCGAGAAAAAAGCGCGAAUGCUAGGAUUAACAGCGAAAGAUAUCAUGAAAAUCGCCGAGAAACUUUACACUACUGGUUUCAUUUCGUACCCGCGUACUGAAACGAAUAUUUUUCCUAAGUCGCUGGACUUGAAGCCGAUGGUGGAGGCGCAACAGCGAGACCCGAGAUUUGGAGCCUUCGCGACGGAGAUUCUUCAAAACGGGAUCGACCCGAGAAAUGGGAGGAAAACUGACGAAGCGCAUCCACCGAUUCAUCCGCUCAAAGAAGGAUCAGGAUUAGUUGGUGCGGAAGCGAAAGUAUACGAAUUCAUCGCCCGUCGAUUUCUCGCGUGUCUCUCUCGCGAUGCACAAGGCUUCGAGACCACGUGCAAGUUGGAAAUUGCCGAAGAGGAGUUCUCCGCAAAAGGGUUGCUCAUUUCCGACAGAGGCUACUUAGAAGUUUAUCCUUACGACAAAUGGUCAGACAAGACUCUUCCUCAGUAUCAAUUCAACGAGGAAUUUACCAUCACAAAUGCGGAAUUCAUCGAGAGCACGACUACUGCUCCACUGUUGCUUUCUGAACCUGAUUUGAUUGGUUUGAUGGACAAGAUACUUAAAACUCACUCGCGAAAAACGAUUCGAACCGUCUCCCUUGGAAUUGGGCUAGUCAGUGCUUAUGAAGAUUUGUCGAUUCCACUUGCGAAUCACCUCCUUCGAUCGGGACUGGAAAGGGACCUGGUGAAAAUUGAAAAUGGCGAAAAGCAGCGAGAUGCAGUAGUUCGAGCGCAAGUAAACGCAUAUCGAGAGGCGUAUAAAAAGGCAGAAGAGAAUUUGAAUCGAUUCGGUGCUGUCAUAGCGCAGAGCAUGGGCGUUGCUCGUCAAAAUGAUCGACCUUUUGAACUGCCGAGAAAUCCAGCUGAUGAUGCUGUCGCCCGUUGUCCUCGAUGUCAGUCACCAAUGGUCGUAAAAACUAUUCCAAAUGGCAGCGUUUGUGUUUCAUGCACUGGCUAUCCAGAAUGCAGAACAAGCGGAUUCUUACCAAACGGUGGAAGGAUGAUAGCUCGUUUGAGAGCAUGCAACUGCAGCGCUGGAUUUUAUGUUGUCAGAUGGAGCUUCGAGCCUGGAAGCGUGCCUAGCCACAUGACAGGAGAGUACGAAGGAUGCUUGGGAUGCGAUGAGACGCUCAAAGAAGUGAUACGAAUUUCAAUUAGAGAAGGGGACGCAGCAAGGAACAAUCGACGUGGAGGAGGACCACCACCAGGCCCUGGUCCCGGACGUGGGGGAGGAAAUCAGCGAGGAAAAAAACGAAAAUCCGACCAUGACUCUGGUCCAGGCGGUUCUGGAGGAGCAGCCGUAAAUUGCGGCUGCAACAAGCCAGCAAAAAAACUAACGACGCGAAAAGAUGGUCCGAAUAAAGAUCGCGACUUCUAUGUCUGCAGCGAUUUCCCAAAAGUAUGUAACUACUUCCAGUGGGCUGAUGAAGUCCAGCCAGGCAGUGGUGGAGCAGAUGGUUCGAGAAAUCCGCCAAAAAAGACGAAUAAUCCUCGAAAUAAUCCCGGCCCAAGCUCUUCAGCAGCUGCUGCGGGCAAUGUUCAAUGCGAAUGUGGAAAAAACGCCCUUUCACUGACAGUAAGAAAAGAUGGCCCUAAUCAGGGAAGGCCAUUUUUCAAAUGCCCAGACAGCGGCUUCAUUCGAAAGUACUCCGGCUCGAUUUUGAAAGCGAUCUGCUCGUUCAAAAUAUGA